UUGCCCCCAAGGAGUUUAUUAUCGAGGAGGAUCACAACCAUUUCAAGUGUCAUUUUGAGGGUUGCAACAAGAGUUUCCGCAAGGAACCCCUGCUGGCAUCACACCUCAAGCACUACCAUGGGAACAAGCCCGUGUUGCCGGCAACGCCUGAUCGUACUCCGCCAAGUGCAACUCCGGAACAGUCCCUGCCAGUCUCCUGUGAAGCAGUUGAGUUGGAUCAAGAGAUGGGGAAAAUCAAGUCAGAGCAUCCUUCAGUGACUUCCGUGCCUGAGGCAGCAUGCGAAGAACCAGUUGAGGCUGUCAGUCACCAGGAGGGAAAUGGACCGCACAUUGUCGAAUCAUCUGCGUGUCCUGACACAGCUAGUGUUCCAGCCGUAUUGGAGGAACCAACUGAAACAGGUGCAGCAACUUCUGAGCAACAGCAACCAGUACAACAGACUGUACCAGAGCAGACCCCUGCACUGGAGCAUUCCCUCAGAGCUCUCCUGACACCUACACCAGCCACUGAGGCACAGCAGGGAGCUGCAGCAACAGUGGCCCCUGCUACAGUCACCACCACCCCCACCGGAGCAACAGUUCCGCUCGCCAAGCCAAGGCGCAUGCGCUUCAUACCUCACUUCACAACUCUGGUCGAAGGUCGGGAGAAGCGCAAGAUUGCCAAGACAGAGAAAGCGCUGAUAGCCGACAUGGAGGCUGCGGCCAGUCGCAGGACGUCGGCCGGAUCUGCAAGUGACCGCAAGCGCAAGCGCACUUCGAGCACGCGCAGUGACAAGUCUGAUGAUGGGAGCAAGCGCAGUGCCACGGUUAAGGAAGAAAGCGGCCGUAAGGCAAAGACUUCCGAGACAGCCAAGGAGACUUCAGGGCAUGGACCCGAGAGUACGCCAACAAUUGAUGGUGACACGUCUGUAGAGGUCAAAAGUGACGAAGUUGUAAUGUGCGUGUGCAAUUGUGAAGAGGAAAGUGGCCUCAUGAUGCAGUGCGAAGUCUGCCUCACAUGGCAGCACGGAGCAUGCUUCAAAAUUGAGGAAGAAAAAGACGUCCCAGACAAGUACAUCUGCUACAUGUGCGUUGCACCCAAAGAUAAUACGGACUUGCAGGCCGCAACGGAGUGCAACCAAGAACUUGGCUCAGCAAGCACGCAAGGAAGUUCUCGGUCAAAGCUGGACCCUGAUUGGUUCCAUCAUGGCAAGUUGGCCUCCUUCGGCUUUCUGAAAGAGAGGCCCGCUAACCUUCCCAACCCUGAGCAUAUCAAGGCCUCUCAUGAGCUCAUGUGUUCUGUGCACAAUGUCCGGGCUGUGCUCCAUAGCAUCACCCAUAAGAUCAACGUGGCAAGUGAGGAGAGCCAUCCUGACUUGAAGUACUUCACUACGCCAUGGGUGAAAAGAAGUGUCAGUGAGGUUGCUGAUAUCCUUGAGAAGCAAGACGCCACACCCAGUAGUCCUGAAAAGGAUGAGCUAAGGCCGGGUGGGCACAUGCACCUGUCAACUUAUGAUCACGCUUACUUCGCACCUGAAAAAAACACAGCCACCACAGAGCUGACACAGGAAGCUCCAGAUGUCAUCAUCAGCACUGGUGGUGACAGCAGCGCAGGUGAUCUUCUGGUGCAGGACAUGGCCAUGGAGGCUUUUGAAGUCGGCUGUGUUGAAGAGGUUGUCAACAAAGGGGAGGAACUGGACGUGAUUGGCUGUGAAGAGGAAGUAACUUCGCUCAACACUGACGAGGACGGCAGGGGGAGCAGCACUUCUGCUACCGCAACACACAGCGCUUCACCGACAAAAAGCAACGGUGCGGUGAAGCAGGUCAAUGGCACAGAGGCAGAGAGCCUGGAUGUCGAAGGCUGUAAAAUAAACUUGUUGCAUCAUGUCCUUGAUCUGGAGGACCAACUGGAGGAGAGGAUGGAUGCCUUGGAAGAGCAGCUUCGAGUGCUUGAGCGUGAGAGCUCCAUCAGCAGUGGCACAGAUCCAAGCAUAACAGAAGAAGACGACAUGAUGCGGCUGAAGUUAUCACUCAAAGGCCUCAUGAAAGACUUGAAUGCAGUGCAUCGAUUGACACUGUUCCGGUGACGUGGAAUUGUGCUGUUGACGGACAGUGCGUGGUUGACAGCACGUUGUACAUUCGUGUGUCCAAGCCUUCAGAUGAGUCUGAACCCUAGUGUAGAAAUUUUGUAAUAUACUGUUUCUCUUUUGUUUUUAUUAUUAUUUUUUAUUACCAGCCACUUGCAUGUUUUUGAAUGUUCAUGCCAGUAGCAGGAAGAACAUGGGCAUUUAUUACACUGCAACAAACUCUCACACCCACAUUUGUAAAUAUACUACUCUGCUAGUUUGUGUAAAUUUAGGGAAAAAAAGAAAAAAAAAAAUAGAAAUGUCUUUGUUGAGUUAGUGCACGGUCAUGCUGGUAUUUAUUUCUCUCUCGUGUAAACCUGUUGUUUGUGUGUCCGGUGCAUAAAAGCUUGUUGAGUGCUUUUCAA